UUUCUCGAUCGAGUUUGCUCGAGUUCGUCCACCGCUUGACGCGUCACCGGUCGGCUGUUCUGUGUAUUUCAAACGCGCGAAACUUUUGCCUUCGCUCGUCCAUUUUGGAAGUGAUAACAAUAACAACGAAAAAGUUCAGUGUUUCUCUGAAAAGUGACUGAAAGGAUUGGUUUUUCGGUUGGUUGUUGGACUCGUGUGGUAGUGUUAGUAUUUUGUGAGUGUGUUUGUGGUCACAGGUGUCGCAUUCCUGGGGAGACGCGGCAGCCUCCGGAUCCAAUAAACAGGUGAACCGCUAGACAACCCUAUUCAAAGAUUCAAAAUGUCGGGACUAUUAUGAGGCUGGCGAAUCCACUUCUAGAUCACUGGGCGAACAAUACAACAUAAGGAAUGCUAUUGCCCCGGAAUCAACAUUGUUGCUGAGAUGGCGCGGUGGAUCGCGCUUGUCAGAAAUGGUCGUGCACAGAUGUUUAUUCUCCUCUUCUGCUGGCUGCACCUCGCAGAAACUGCUCCUGGUCCGUGUGAGGUGGAGACGGGACAGUCCAGCAUCAUAGUAGAUAUUGAAGAGAGUUUAGGCAAUCAAGUAAACCAAAGCACAGUCCCAGCGGAGCUGCCCCUGGCGGGCUCGCCGGGGGUGGACGUGGCGCUCAGCGCGGUGUUCCCGAAGGGCCCGGCUCUGUUCCAGCUGGACGGGAAGCGCCUGCAGCUGCUGCAGCCGCUGGAUCGGGACCCGGGGAAUCUGUCGCACAUGGUGUUCCAGUUGGUGUGCCAGGUGAUAGCGACUAAGAAAAGGCGCACUAUACCAGUCAUCGUGCGUGUGUCGGACAUCAACGACAGUGAGCCUGUGUUUGUCGACACUCCGUAUGAAACUACCAUUUCUGAGUUAACACCAAUAGGGACGACCAUAUUCAACAACAUCAAGGCAGUCGACCAAGAUGCGGGCGUGAACGGGCUAGCAGAGUACUUCAUUGUACCAGGAGACAAUGAAACGCUAAGAGCUAACAACGCAGAAGACGGCUACGGAUACUUCUCCAUAGCUCUGCCUCAUCAGGGGCAGGUCACCGUCAACAGGACGCUGGAUUACGAACGCACGCAGCAAUAUCUAGUCACUAUUGUAGCUUCUGACCGUGCCCGUGAUACCAAGAAGCGUCUGUCCAGCACCACCACACUCACAGUGAACGUGAAGGACGAUGACGACCAGGACCCGUCGUUCAUCUACAAGGGAUGCAGCCUUCAUGAAGGGGCUUGCAUUAAUCCGGAGUAUUCUAGUUAUGUAAACAGCGGCGUUUUAGCCGGCCUCCUCUCCAUAGAGCCAGAAAAGAUCCAGGCGGUAGACAUGGACACCCUCGACGCUCGCAUCCGAUACAGCAUAGAGUCAGGAGAGCCUGAUGUGUGGGAUGAUUACUUCGCUAUUGAUCCCAAUAGUGGGGCUGUGAGGCAAUUAGUGGCUGUUGAUACUAGUGUUGCGAAGAAGUUUGUGCUGGUUAUUAAGGCGGAAGAAGUCUCCCCCUCCCGUCGCUUCACAACCGCCAAGCUCACAGUCACAGUGCGUCCGGUCGACGCCAGCCCUCCCAUAGUGCAGGCGACAGCUGAUGAAGGAGAGGUCAUGGAGAAUAGCGUGAAGGGAACCAGGGUGCUGGAUAGACAGGGGGAAGCGGUGCGACUGAGCGUCAGUGAUCCGGAUUUGGGUCCCGGCGACAUAAUACCAGAGUACACGUACGAGCUGACGACCAACUACUUCGACAUCGACGGCGAAGGGUUCCUCGUUGUGAACGACGAGAAACUAGACCGGGAUCCGCCCAACCCGGAUAAAUUCAGAUUUCAGGUAGUAGCUCGAGAAGCGAACGGCGGCGCCGCCUCAGCCCCGCUCUCGCUCGCAGUGCAGUUGUUGGAUGAAAACGACAACGCGCCUGUUAUUAGGAAGACUCAGCCCGUCACCGUGUCCGCUAGUUUGGACCCUGCGCCCGUUUAUAAGGUGGAAGCAGUAGACAUAGACGCCGGAGAGAACGCUCGCGUGACCUACAGCAUUUACCACGUGUCCAACAACGGAGGGAACAAGUUCACCAUCGACCCGCAGACUGGCGUCAUUUCCAGCACAGGUCGCCUGCAAGCCGGCGAGCAGUACUCAGUGACAGUGACAGUGAAGGACGCCGGCGGCCUUUCGUCUACCGGCAUCAUAGAGUUGGCGGUGGCUCCUGGCCCCAAUACAAGGCCGCCGGUGUUCUCUGCGCGGGACUACCACGCGCAGGUGUCGGAGGGCGCCGCCAUCAACUCCACCGUCGUCGCUGUCACUGCGAAAGACCCAGAGAACGAAGCAGUAAGCUACGCCAUAGUGUCAGGCAAUGACCUGCGUCAGUUUGGCAUCGGAUCUACUACGGGCAUCAUCACUGUCAUCAGGAAACUCGACCGAGAAGUGUUGACCAGAUACCAGUUGAUGAUAAAAGCAGAAGACCCGGGCAAGCUGGCCAGCACGGCCACCGUCAACAUCAAGGUCACCGACAUCAACGACAACAACCCCGAGUUCGAGCGGGACUCCUACUUGUUCAAUGUCAAAGAAGGUCUAACAGGCGAGUUCGUAGGCUACGUCCACGCGAGCGACGCGGAUGAAGGAGUCAACGCUCAGUUGUCGUACAACGUGCCAGCUCAUCUGCCGUUCAGUGUGGACAAUGUCACUGGGAUGAUCAGUACGAAUAGUGAGCUGGACUAUGAGAAUAUUAAGGAAUACGCCUUCGUAGUGACCGCGACCGACGGCGCGCCGGACAAACGACUAGGAACUGCCUCCGUGACCGUACAAGUGUUAGACGUGUCUGACGAGACACCCCGGUUCAGCAAGACUUUGUACUCUGUGCAUGUGCCGGAGAAUGCGGCUAACUACCCGGUGGUUAAGGUUGAGGCGGAAGACCCAGACACAAUCCCAGAGAUAACCUACACAAUACUGCGUGGCGACACAGAACUAUUCUCCAUAGAUCGCAAGUCGGGCAUGAUCCGGACCAACCUGCCUCUAGACAGAGAGACUACGGCCAGACAUGAGAUUAUAGUCGGCACUGAAGAGAAUAAUGGCAAUGAUGACGGAGAUACGACCAUGGUGGAAGUUAUUGUUGAUGACAAAAACGACAACUCCCCAAUCUUCACAUCAGCCAUCCGACCAAUCACAGUCGAGGAUUCAUCCUCAAUCGGCAGCCAUGUUGAAACAGUAAUAGCUACGGACGCCGACGCCACUGCCCCUAACAACAGGAUUAGAUAUAAACUGGUUGGACGAGGGAAAGCUUCCAAGUAUUUCCAUGUAGAGCCUGAUACGGGGGCUUUGAGGGUGCGAGACGAUUUGAGGAAGGAGGCUGAUAGUGAAUAUACUGUGGACGUACAAGCGUACGAUCAAGGUGAGCCGGUGAUGUCGUCAGUCACAAGUCUGACGGUCUACGUCAGCCAUUCCGCUACCGUUCCGCCCGAUGUGGGCCUAGGCUUCGCAGACACGGACUACACAGAGCAUGUGGCCGAGAACUCUCCAAAUGGGACUCUAGUACGGAUCCUGCCGCUGCUGAACAAGCGCGCCCAUUCUAAGGAUACCCCGCUGAAGUGCAGGUUGACUGACUCUUCGCAACAAGGAGUAUUCUACGUGAUACUAAACGACGACCGAGACUGUGCUAUCUACCUCAACUCCAGCUCACUAGACUACGAAGCUGUCAACGAAUAUUACUUAGAAGUCCAACUAGAAUCUAUCAAAGGUCUCAUAAACCCGGAUAGCAGCAAAGCGAAUAUCAAAGUCCAUGUGACAGAUGUCAAUGAUAAUGCCCCGUACUUUGUUUUUCCUGAUCAGUCGAGUAUUGCGGCGGCUAAGGGGAAAUACUUUGGUAUUGUUACUAAGGAUAUGCUGCUCGGAACCAACGUUUUGCAAGUUAAGGCAAAAGACAAAGACAGCAGCGAUUUCGGCAAAAUCGAAUACCAGAAGAACUCCUGGACUAAAAUAACUGAAGAGUACUUCAGUCUAGAUCCAGACACCGGCAUCAUCAGUAAUAUCAAGACUUUAGAGAACGUCCCUAGCGGUAUUCUGCCGUUUAAGUUUAGUGUGACUGCGAGGGACAACCCUAAUAGUGCCAGCGAUUACAAUGUGGCUAGGGCUGCGGUUGUGAUAAACCUGCUGCAAAAGGACAACCAGUUAGUCUUAGAAAUAGCCGACAUGAAUCCAGACUUAGUCCGCAGACAAUCCCGAAGCAUUCUCUCAGCCAUCGAAGACAAAACCGGUUUAGUCGCCGGCGUUGAGAAGCUAACUUCAAGACACUUUAUUGGGGAAAACGGAACGUUAGAGAAAGAUGAUAAAGGCACUGAUGUCUGGUGGUUCUUGAUUGAUCCUAAUACGGGAGAAAUUCUGACGAGGGAAUCGAAGAAGGUUAAAAAAGCAAUAGACACCGGCAUCCGCAAAUCCAUAGCCGCCCAACUGCAAUCCCCAGUCAGCGAUGUUCGCCCGCCGCUGACCACGCCGACUCCCCCGCGAGUCACCCACGCGGCCGCGCCUCUUGCUUCGGCUCUACCGGCUGCUUUGCUGGCGUUGGCGGCCCUAGUGUUGGUCGCUGCGAGUGCGGCUACGGUGUAUAUAUGUGCGUCUUGGAACAGAUACAAGCGUCACAAACAGCAAGAGCUGCGCCAGUACGGCACGCUGAGCGCGAGCCUACCGCCGCGCCCGCCCUCCGCCUACGAGUCGGAGGACAACGACCCCGCGCCCAGAUACGAGACCCAGGUGUUAAACAUGGCGGUGGUAGACAACGAUCUGCAGUUGGACUUCAGUCCCAACAACCACGCCUUCAAUAUACACGCAGUUCAAUAUCUUACUAAGGAAAAUGGUGAACGCAGUCCAACCCUUUCAGAAACGGCCACCACAGCCCGCGCUUCAAGCGUCAACGAAAACACACUCAACAACUCCCAUGACAAAACGUAUAACACCAUCGACAUAUCCCGAAACACGCAAACAUUGAACAGAAGAGCGCAUCCACACGCGAAUAUGAACAAUCAUUUGAACAACGCGCUGGGUACGUUGCCGCGGGCUAAUAAUAAUGUGAAUAAUGGCGGUUUGCUAGCAGCGACACUGGGAAGGAAGAUUGGUGCGAACAAUAAUAAUAAUAAGAGAAAGAGUCAGCCUAUUAUGGCGUAUGAUGAGAUUCCUGGACUGCAGAGGGCCAGCGAAAAUGACAAUGUGACAUUCGGUAAACGAAACUUUGUCGCAUUCGACCAUUACGACCAAUCUCCGGUAGAGACUACUACGGAACUAUAGCCAUGAACUGAAAAAAAUAUAUACCUAAUAGUGUUUCAAAAGCUUUAUACAAAACGUGAAAGUGACUGAGUGAAGUGAUAAAAUUAUCCGUCCAAUUACGAAAGUGGAGACAAGAAUGUACUUCCUAAUUUAGCAUAAUAAUACGGCCAUCUAAAAGUUCACACGUCUUAAAUUUAGAACUGUCAAAUACUAGAUCUUAAACCCUAAAGUGUUGUCAUAAUAACUUGAGGAAGAUAUAGAUUUUGAUAGUUUUUAAUUUAUGAUAGUUAACUGUGUUCGGGCCUAUGUAUAAUAAUAAUCUGUGUUCAACGAAAUGUACGAAGAAUUUAAAUGAAAUGACUGAAUAUGAUGCUUCAAUUUUAUGUAGUGUAAAUAAUGUUUUCUGAUAUUUUUUAUCUAGAAUAGAAUACAUCUACUUGUACUUACUUAGCGAUGGCUAGUCUUUGUAUUGAAGAACAAUUUGUGCAUAAUUUAUACAAUAAUAACAUAAUUUAUCUGUAAAUAAGUGAGGCAUUAAUCGAUGGAAAAUACCUAUUAUUAUUUUGGUGUUAAGUAGUAAAGGAGGUUGUAGGAUAUUACAUGUAUAUUUUGUAAAAAAACAUUAUAAGUAAAGAUUUUAAUAUGAUAUUUUUGUGUGGCUAUUGAUGUGCCAUGAGAAACGAAAACAUUUUAUACUUUCCUACUUGAUUCUUCUCUUUAUUCGUAUUUUUUUUUCGAUUUUCGAUGAACUUAGGUAUACUAUACCUACCUACACAGGCACUACCUAUCUAUCUAUAUUCUAUUAAUAUUAUAAAUGCAUAAUAAAUUACAUUAAAUAAUAUUAACCUAUUAUCCUAGCCAGAAAUAGGUAUAUUUUACGAAGUUUUAUUUCUGUGCGAUAUAUUUAUUUGUGCCAGUUUUAUGAAGUAAAUGAGUUUAAAUUGUAUCAUCAUUUUAUAUUGAUUUAUAAAUACCAAAUGUUUUUGCAUGAAUCAUGAUCGUAGCAGAUUUCAAAGACUGCAACAAGUACUUACAAAUACUACUUAAAUAUUUUUAAACGGAAACUCUGUUUUUAUAGUGCCAGUUACUUAAAGCACAUAAGGAGAUAGUUAGUGGAAAGAACUUAGAAUAUAUUUUGUAAAAAUACAAUAAUUAUUAAGAAAUGCUCAUUAUAUUUGUACACAUUUUGAAUCUGGAUUUCGUGUGCCAAACGACUAACAAGCUACAAAUUGUAAGAAAUAACGAAUUAUAAAAGUAUUCUAACAUUCAUUUUACGUUGCCUUUCAAAUAUAAUUUAUGUUAUUGGGUAGGAAUGUAGGAUCAACAAAUAUUUGUUACCCUCUACCUUGUAAAGUGUCUAUGAUAUGUAAAUUCCCUUUAAUUAGAUUACUUCUGUAAAUGAUUGAAUCAAAUACUGUUAAUAUAUUUUUUGUAAUAAAGUUAAUUUGAAGAAUGAAUCAA